AGGCUACGAGGCUACAUACGCACAACGUGUGUGUGUUCCCUUCUAGGAAAUGGCUUCAAACAAGUACAAGCAACAAGACGAUGGGGACAGUAGUGGAAACGAAGAGGAACCAGUUGGUCAGUCUCCAACCGGCAAUCCCAAGUUCGUCAUCAACAAGACACCAAAUUUCUCGGGUUCUGUCAUCAGCACUCUUUGCGUGUCCGACGACCUGCUCGUCGCUGCGGCACGAACACGAUACAAACCGACCCAGAAUACUACUUCCCAGUCCAUCCACUGCUGGUGUUUCGCCACUCACGGCCUCCAGAAGUACGACGCGAAAGAAGUCUGUCUCCUCCUGGAGUGCCUACCGGAUGAAGAUACCGUCCCUGAGCUAGUUCUCCGCUACUUAACACUACUGCACGACAACACAAAGCGAGGAACAAAAUUGAGUGAAGGCUCGUUCACACCACUUCCUGGUGACUCCGACGUCGCAGGUUUCGUCCACAUGCGACGACGCCCAUCACAAGCCGUCGGAAAUCUCAUGAUUCCAACUGUACCUCAUCUCUUUUCGAUUCUCAUCAAAAAGGAAGAAUUAUUUUGGAUCGAAAAGAAGCUGACUGACCGUCUCAUGCUCAAGUUAGGUCGCCUGCACAGCUGUUACCCUUUUCCGCUCUGGUGUCCAUGUGACCGAAGACCCGUAUGUGAUGGUUUUCAUGACAGUGUACUAGCAAGCCAACGAGUUAACCGCCUGCCUGAUGUAGUCACUCAUGCUGAUAAUAACGCCAAGAUAGUCACCAUGUACUUGCCAGAUGCAUGUCAUCCGCAGAUGCUGGAAAUUUUAGAAGACAAACACAGAAAAGGAAAGGACACGGAAAAUCUCAUAUUCGUUACCGAUAUCAGUGACCUUGCUGAUGGUCACAUGGUGUAUUGUCCAGACAAGGAGUUUUACUGUAUCUCAAACCACAACCAGGAGCCGAUUAUACUCGGGCUCACUUUUGUUAAUAUCACCGUGCUACCGAGUAACGAUUCAACAACACCAUCAGGAGCGAUUCCCACUGAAGACGGGGUCGUUGUGGCUGUUACAUCGGACGAAUUUUGUGACUUAAGCAAGGCUUUACGUGAGAAAAAAGAAUUUCGACUAGAAUCAGAUUUUGGAUUAUACAUCAAGUGGAUUAGCAGCCCCAUCAACAAGACCGUUACUACUCACUGGAUCAGUCCUAUUGAUGGCAAGUCUAUGUCCGACCUGCGAGCACAAAGAAGGGAUGAUGUCCGUGUAGUUUCAGACAAAGAUGGCGUCUGUCUAUUGGCCAUAAUACAAAUAUCAAAUAAUCAAGAUAUUCGAGUAGCGGGAAUCAACAAAAUCCAGGUAGCAAAACUGGUUGAGACCGUUAGCCAGGCUGUAGUUUGCUUACUGAAACCGUUCUGGGAAUCAUCGGACUUGAAUGGGAUCGAGAAGAUUGGAUUACGGGUUUUUGCCAGGCCGGGUAUUUCCCAUGGCAUUUACUCAUGUGGCUCACAGCCACUAAAAUUACCUACCAAAUGCUGUCAGGCUCUCAGGCAGCACCUUUUUAGCGUGGAAUUCCCAAAGGUUCAAAACUCGAUUACAUUUGAGUUGACGUUCCAAGUGAAAGAAAAGCUGAGAUCGACAUCAGACUUAUAAAGUAAUGAAAAAAUUGCUGUGUGAUUUUGGUGUUUGUAUGAUUUGUUGUGUAUUGGUAUUCUGUUAUCGACCGUUGGUAAUAUUUGCAGCUGGCUGAAUUCGAAUUGUACAUUUUGAUGUUACUGUC